UCCUCCCCUCAUUCUCUGCAAGACUUUCUGUCUGCAAGAACAUUCUCUGAAUGAAGCUGUCUCAUCACAAGGUUUGAAAGUAAGAUAUUUUCAGAAAAUGCCCUCUCAGGAACAUGGCCAGGGGGCAGUGGCUGGAGUGUUUCUUGAAACAUCAAAUGAGACUCUAACCAUAUACCAAGCACUGAAGAAACGUUUACUAAAACCAGGGACAUGUUUGGCCCUUUUAGAAGCCCAAGCAGCAACUGAGGGAAUCAUUGAUCCUAUCAAGAACAGAAAACUGUCAGUGGAAGAUGCUGUCAAAGAAGGAAUUGUGGGUCCAGAGAUGAAUGACAAACUACAAUUUGCCGAAAAGGCUCGGCUGGGUUAUUUGGAUCCUUAUACCAACCAACCAAUCUCAAUAUUCCAGGCCAUGCAGAAAGAUGUGGUUUCAAAAGAAUAUGCCAUCAGACUGCUUCAGGCACAGAUUUCUACUAGAGGGAUUUAUGACCCAAUUGAGAAAUGUUAUAUUUCAGAAGAGCAAGCCUGUGAGAGGGGGCAUUAUGAAAAAGGCAUAGUCACAGACCAGACUGAUGCAAUUAGAGUCUUGUAUGAUCCCAACUCUCAGGAAAAUCUCUCAUAUCCACUUAUGAUGGAGAAAUGCACUAUAGAUUCACAAACUGGUUUGCUACUACUCCCGGUCUCUAUAACAUUCAAAGGGCUUCGUAAGGGAGUGUCAUCGCAUGAAAUGCUAGAAUCAAAAAUUAUUGACCAGGAAACAUAUGAAGAUCUACAAAAAGGCAAGACCACAGCUAAGAGUUUAAUGCUCUUAGAGACAGUGAAGGAGUAUCUGGAAGGAAAAGGGAGCAUUGGGGGAGUGAUACUGCCAUCCUCUAAUAAAAAAAUGAGCAUUUAUCAGGCAAUGAAGCAAGGCAUCCUCAUGCCUGGAACAGCAUUAGUACUACUAGAGGCACAGGCAGCUACUGGAUUCAUGAUUGACCCUAUUGAAAACAAAAAGUUGAGUGUUGAUGAUGCUAUCAAAAACAAACUUGUAGGACCGGAACACCAUGCAAAACUGCUUACAGCAGAAAGUGCAGUCACUGGUUACAAAGAUCCUUACACAGGGGAAAUAAUUUCACUGUUUCAGGCUCUAUCUAAAGAUCUUAUUGUGAAAGCACACGGCAUCCGCUUGCUUGAGGCACAAAUUGCCACAGGUGGAAUUAUUGAUCCAAUAAAUAGCCACAGAAUUCCUGUAGAUGUUGCAUACAACCGAGGUUUCUUUAGUAAGGAGAUGAAUGACAUCCUUAAAGAUUCUGGAGAUGAUACCAAAGGAUUCUUUGAUCCAAACACAAGAGAAAAUCUUACUUACUUGCAGCUGAUAAAUCAUUGUGUCAUUGAUCCUGCCACAGGCAUCACAUUGCUCCCUCUACAUGAGGAAAAUGGUAGCCAAAAUCACAAGUUCAUUGACUAUAAAAUCAAAGUUACCUUCAAGGAUGUUAUGGUUAAAGUACAAGGUGGAAAGUACAAGGGAAUGACCAUUUCAAUUUGGGAAUUACUGAUGUCUGAAUACUUCACUGAAGCACAAAGGCAGGAUAUUAUUCUGCAGUACAAGAAUGGAAACCUUACAACUGAGAUGAUAAUCACCAACAUCCAGAAGGUUAUUGAACACUCAGAGAAAUCAACCACUGUGAAUUUUGAAGGCAUCAGAGAACAAGUCACUGCAGAUCAACUAGCUGAGGCUGGCAUAAUUUCCAUGAAAGAUUUGGAGAAACUCAAAAAUGGAAAUAUAACUGUAGAGGAUGUUAUACAGGAUGAAUCAGUGCAAACAUACCUACAAGGUAAGGGAAGCAUUGCAGGGGUUUUACUUCCUGACUCACAAAUUCUGACAAUCUACCAGGCCAAACAAAGAGGAGUGCUAAGACCAGGAACAGCACUCAUUCUACUGGAAGCACAGGCAGCAACAGGAUUCAUCAUUGAUCCAAUUGCAAACCAAAGGUUUUCAGUGGAUGAUGCCAUUAAGGCUAGAGUAGUGGGGCCUGAGUUUCAUAUAAACCUGCUCUCAGCUGAAAAGGCAGUAACAGGCUAUAAAGACCCAUACACAAACACAACCAUAUCUUUGUUCCAGGCAAUGCAGAAAGAGCUGAUCCUGAAAGAUCAUGGAAUUCGUCUUCUGGAAGCCCAGAUUGCCACUGGAGGUAUAAUUGACCCAGUAAAUAGUCACCGAAUUCCAAUCAAUAUUGCCUACAAAAAAGGCUACUUUGAUGUUAAAAUGAAUGAAAUUCUGCUUGAUCCUUCAGACGACACAAAAGGUUUCUUUGACCCGAACACUCAUGAAAAUCUUACCUAUCUACAGCUGAUGGACAGAUGUGUCACUGAUCCUAGUACAGGCCUCCGACUUCUGCCAAUCAAAGGAAAAGACAAGGGAAUCAAAAUACUUGACAACAUCAAAGAGACAUUCCAAGCUAUUGUUGUCACUGUGAAGUAUGGUCGAUUAAGAAACAAGCAUGUGACACUUUGGGAUCUCAUUAACUCUGAAUAUUUAUCAGAGGAAAAAAGACAGGAACUGCUUCAACGGUACAAGUCAGGGACUGUAACGGUGAAGGAAAUCAUUACAAUAAUCCUUGAAAUUAUUGAGAACAAAGAAGUUGUGAGGAACACUGAUCUCUACAUCCAGGGUCUAAGGAAAACAAUCUCUAUUUUGGAUCUUCUGAAACUGAAGAUUAUAGAUGAAGAAACAUACAAAAGUUUGCUUGAGGGGAAACUUACAAUUAGGGAACUUCUUCAAAGGAAUUCUGUUAGGGAUGCCGUAGGAGGAAAUAGCUGCAUAGCUGGUGUGAUUCUUAAACCAUCAGGUCAGAAAAUGAGCAUCUAUGAAGCUAGGAAAAGGGGUUUGCUUUCCCCUGGUACUGCACUUUGCCUUCUAGAAGCACAGGCUGCCACUGGUUUCAUUGUUGACCCUAUAAAGAACCAAAGAUUCACUGUUGAGGAGUCCUUAAAACAGCAGUUAGUUGGACCAGAGCUAUAUGAAAAGCUUCUGUCUGCUGAGCAGGCAGUAACUGGAUACAAAGAUCCUUACACUAGAGAAAAUAUAUCACUUUUCCAAGCCAUGAAGAAGGAUCUCAUUCUGUACCAGCAUGGCAUACGUUUACUGGAAGCCCAAAUUGCAACUGGUGGCAUAAUUGAUCCUGUAAAAUCUUUACAUUUGCCUUGUGAAGCUGCAUACAGAAUGGGUUAUUUUGAUGCAGAAAUGUACAAGACCCUAUUGGAUCCAAGUGAUGACACGAAGGGAUUUAUUGACCCCAAUACACAGGAGAACAUAACUUACAAGGAGAUGAUAAAAAGGAGCAUCAAAGAUCCUGACACUGGAGUGAACCUUCUGCCACUGGCUGUCAAGGGAAAAUUUCAAGAAAAAGAAGAGGAAAUCCUCUCAGAUUCUGAAAUAAAAAAGGAGUUUGAAAAACAUACAGUUUCUGUUUCUUUUGGAUGCUUUUCUGGACAUCCCAUUUCUCUGUGGGAGUUGAUUCAUUCUAUGUAUUUCACUCAUGAACAAAGACAAAGUUUCAAAGAACAAUACCGAUCAAAUAUGGCAAAACUUCAAGAUAUAGCCACUAUGGUCAUUACAACUAUAGCUGAACUGGAAAAGAAGAAAGCAACCCCUCAAACAACAAUGGGUCUGAGAAAACCUGUUUCUAUUAAACAACUUUUUGAUUAUGAAAUCAUUGAAGCCUCUACGUACCAGGAUUUGCAAAAUGGGGAAAUUGCUUUAGAAGAAGUGGUAAAACAUGAUUCAGUGCAACAUUAUUUGAAGGGCACAGGAAGCAUUGCUGGAGUGAUACUUCAACCAACUGAAAAGGUGAUGUGCUUAUAUGAAGCCAAAACGAAAGGACUGCUAAGUCCUGAUAUGGCACUGAUAUUGCUUGAAGCUCAGGCAGCAACAGGUUUUAUGAUCGAUCCAAUAAAGAACAAUUAUCUCACUGUUGAAGAGGCUGCCAAAGAGAGCCUCAUUGGUCCAGAUUUGCUUGAGUAUUUAUUUUUAGCUGAAAAAGCUACCACUGGAUUUACAGACCCAUACACUGAUGAGCUAAUAUGCUUAUUUGAAGCUAUGAAAAAAGAUCUAAUCCCCCAAAAUCAUGGACUCAGACUCUUAGAGGCACAGCUGGCUACAGGGGGAAUCAUUGAUCCAGUUUGUAGCCAUCGGCUGCCUACUAGUCAUGCCAUAAAACAUGGGCUCCUGGAUGAGGAGGUCUGCCAGCUUCAGAUGAAUGUUCGUGAUGAUACAACAUGGUAUUCUGACCAAAACACAAAAGAAAAACUGACUUACCAUCAGCUUAGACAGAGAUGUGUCAGAAGUUCUGGCACAGGUCUUCUUCUUUUGCCUGUUGCUGAACAUAAUGAGAGAUCAGCUUACACUGAUGAGCAAGUAAAAGCUGUCUUCAAAGAGAAGUCUAUUGACAACAUUGCAGGAAAGUUUGAAGGACUCCGAGUGUCCUUGUGGGAUGUCAUAAUGUCGGAAUACAUAACAACAAAAAAGAGAGAGCAGCUAAUUGAAGAUUACAAGUCAGGCAAAUUAGCAUUACAGGAAUUAAAACAAAUAGUUACAACAAUUGUAAUUGAAGUGACAACAAAGAAACAUUCCUUUAAAGGCCUCAGAAAAAAGGUUUCAGCAAGUGAGCUUUUUGAAUCAAAAAUUAUAUCUGGAAAAAUGUUAAAUGAAAUUAUCAAUGAGGAAGUAACAGAUGAGGAAAUAAAUCAAACUGACCAAAUCCAAAAAUAUCUUGGAUCAACAAAUUGCAUUGCAGGUGUGUUUGUACAGUCCACUAAAGAGAAAAUGAGCAUUUACCAAGCCAAAUGCAAAGGACUAUUGAAACCUGGAACCUCACUGGUUUUACUGGAGGCACAGGCAGCUACUGGAUUCAUGAUUGAUCCAGUGAAGAACAAUAAACUCUCAGUAGAGGAAGCAGUAGCUCAGGGACUAGUGGGGUCUGAAUGGAAAAACAAACUGCUCUCUGCUGAGAGGGCAGUCACUGGCUAUACCGACCCCCACACAGGAAACGUCAUUUCAUUGUUCCAGGCCUUGAAGAAAGAUCUUAUUGUCAAGGACCAUGGCAUUCGUCUCCUGGAAGCACAGAUCGCUACUGGUGGCAUUAUUGAUCCAGUGCACAGUCACCGUGUGCCAGUGGAGGUGGCCUACCAGAGAGGAUACUUUGAUGAAGAAAUGAACCAAAUCCUUGCCACCCCAGAUGACGACACCAAGGGCUUCUUUGAUCCCAACACGGAGGAAAAUCUCACAUACUUGCAGCUUGUUGAAAGGUGUGUGAAAGAUGCAGAAACAGAUCUAAGCCUGCUUGUUGUAGUAAAGAAAGGAGAAUUUUAUUUCUUUAUUGAUGAAUGUACAAAGACAAUUCUUAAAACCACAACCACGGACCAGGCAGGAGGAAAAUUCCAGGGACAGGUGGUGUCUCUUUGGGAACUCUUAUACUCUAAAUACAUCACAGAGGAAAAGAGAAGAGAUCUGGUGCAGCAGUUUAAGUCUGGCACAAUAACGAUUGAAUACUUUUUGGAGCAUGUUCUGACAAUUGUACAGCAGAAAACCUCUAGCAUUCCUGUUAUUACCCCACCCAAAAUAUCAAAGGUUCUAACCUUCAAAGGCAUCAAAAAACAAGUGUCAGCUCAGGAUUUGCUGAAAUCUAAAAUCAUUAAUGAGAAAAUUUAUGAAGAACUCACUGCUGAAAAGGUUACGGUGGAACAAGUAAGCCAAAUUGAUUCUGUGCGCAAGUAUCUGCAAGGAACUAACAGCAUUGCAGGUGUGUUUGUACAGUCCACUAAAGAGAAAAUGAGCAUUUACCAAGCCAGAUGCAAAGGACUAUUGAAACCUGGAACCUCACUGGUUUUACUGGAGGCACAGGCAGCUACUGGAUUCAUGAUUGAUCCAGUGAAGAACAAUAAGCUCUCAGUAGAGGAAGCAGUAGCUCAGGGACUAGUGGGGUCUGAAUGGAAAAACAAACUGCUCUCUGCUGAGAGGGCAGUCACUGGCUAUACCGACCCCCACACAGGAAACGUCAUUUCAUUGUUCCAGGCCUUGAAGAAAGAUCUUAUUGUCAAGGACCAUGGCAUUCGUCUCCUGGAAGCACAGAUCGCUACUGGUGGCAUUAUUGAUCCAGUGCACAGUCACCGUGUGCCAGUGGAGGUGGCCUACCAGAGAGGAUACUUUGAUGAAGAAAUGAACCAAAUCCUUGCCACCCCAGAUGACGACACCAAGGGCUUCUUUGAUCCCAACACGGAGGAAAAUCUCACAUACUUGCAGCUUGUUGAAAGGUGUGUGAAAGAUGCAGAAACAGAUCUAAGCCUGCUUGUUGUAGUAAAGAAAGGAGAAUUUUAUUUCUUUAUUGAUGAAUGUACAAAGACAAUUCUUAAAACCACAACCACGGACCAGGCAGGAGGAAAAUUCCAGGGACAGGUGGUCUCUCUUUGGGAACUCUUAUACUCUAAAUACAUCACAGAGGAAAAGAGAAGAGAUCUGGUGCAGCAGUUUAAGUCUGGCACAAUAACGAUUGAAUACUUUUUGGAGCAUGUUCUGACAAUUGUACAGCAGAAAACCUCUAGCAUUCCUGUUAUUACCCCACCCAAAAUAUCAAAGGUUCUAACCUUCAAAGGCAUCAAAAAACAAGUGUCAGCUCAGGAAUUGCUGAAAUCUAAAAUCAUUAAUGAGAAAAUGUAUGAAGAACUCACUGCUGAAAAGGUUACGGUGGAACAAGUAAGCCAAAUUGAUUCUGUGCGCAGGUAUCUGCAAGGAACUAACAGCAUUGCAGGUGUGUUUGUACAGUCCACUAAAGAGAAAAUGAGCAUUUACCAAGCCAGCUGCAAAGGACUAUUGAAACCUGGAACCUCACUGGUUUUACUGGAGGCACAGGCAGCUACUGGAUUCAUGAUUGAUCCAGUGAAGAACAAUAAGCUCUCAGUAGAGGAAGCAGUAGCUCAGGGACUAGUGGGGUCUGAAUGGAAAAACAAACUGCUCUCUGCUGAGAGGGCAGUCACUGGCUAUACCGACCCCCACACAGGAAACGUCAUUUCAUUGUUCCAGGCCUUGAAGAAAGAUCUUAUUGUCAAGGACCAUGGCAUUCGUCUCCUGGAAGCACAGAUCGCUACUGGUGGCAUUAUUGAUCCAGUGCACAGUCACCGUGUGCCAGUGGAGGUGGCCUACCAGAGAGGAUACUUUGAUGAAGAAAUGAACCAAAUCCUUGCCACCCCAGAUGACGACACCAAGGGCUUCUUUGAUCCCAACACGGAGGAAAAUCUCACAUACUUGCAGCUUGUUGAAAGGUGUGUGAAAGAUGCAGAAACAGAUCUAAGCCUGCUUGUUGUAGUAAAGAAAGGAGAAUUUUAUUUCUUUAUUGAUGAAUGUACAAAGACAAUUCUUAAAACCACAACCACGGACCAGGCAGGAGGAAAAUUCCAGGGACAGGUGGUGUCUCUUUGGGAACUCUUAUACUCUAAAUACAUCACAGAGGAAAAGAGAAGAGAUCUGGUGCAGCAGUUUAAGUCUGGCACAAUAACGAUUGAAUACUUUUUGGAGCAUGUUCUGACAAUUGUACAGCAGAAAACCUCUAGCAUUCCUGUUAUUACCCCACCCAAAAUAUCAAAGGUUCUAACCUUCAAAGGCAUCAAAAAACAAGUGUCAGCUCAGGAUUUGCUGAAAUCUAAAAUCAUUAAUGAGAAAAUUUAUGAAGAACUCACUGCUGAAAAGGUUACGGUGGAACAAGUAAGCCAAAUUGAUUCUGUGCGCAAGUAUCUGCAAGGAACUAACAGCAUUGCAGGUGUGUUUGUACAGUCCACUAAAGAGAAAAUGAGCAUUUACCAAGCCAGAUGCAAAGGACUAUUGAAACCUGGAACCUCACUGGUUUUACUGGAGGCACAGGCAGCUACUGGAUUCAUGAUUGAUCCAGUGAAGAACAAUAAGCUCUCAGUAGAGGAAGCAGUAGCUCAGGGACUAGUGGGGUCUGAAUGGAAAAACAAACUGCUCUCUGCUGAGAGGGCAGUCACUGGCUAUACCGACCCCCACACAGGAAACGUCAUUUCAUUGUUCCAGGCCUUGAAGAAAGAUCUUAUUGUCAAGGACCAUGGCAUUCGUCUCCUGGAAGCACAGAUCGCUACUGGUGGCAUUAUUGAUCCAGUGCACAGUCACCGUGUGCCAGUGGAGGUGGCCUACCAGAGAGGAUACUUUGAUGAAGAAAUGAACCAAAUCCUUGCCACCCCAGAUGACGACACCAAGGGCUUCUUUGAUCCCAACACGGAGGAAAAUCUCACAUACUUGCAGCUUGUUGAAAGGUGUGUGAAAGAUGCAGAAACAGAUCUAAGCCUGCUUGUUGUAGUAAAGAAAGGAGAAUUUUAUUUCUUUAUUGAUGAAUGUACAAAGACAAUUCUUAAAACCACAACCACGGACCAGGCAGGAGGAAAAUUCCAGGGACAGGUGGUCUCUCUUUGGGAACUCUUAUACUCUAAAUAUAUCACAGAGGAAAAGAGAAGAGAUCUGGUGCAGCAGUUUAAGUCUGGCACAAUAACGAUUGAAUACUUUUUGGAGCAGGUUCUGACAAUUGUACAGCAGAAAACCUCUAGCAUUCCUGUUAUUACCCCACCCAAAAUAUCAAAGGUUCUAACCUUCAAAGGCAUCAAAAAACAAGUGUCAGCUCAGGAAUUGCUGAAAUCUAAAAUCAUUAAUGAGAAAAUUUAUGAAGAACUCACUGCUGAAAAGGUUACGGUGGAACAAGUAAGCCAAAUUGAUUCUGUGCGCAGGUAUCUGCAAGGAACAAACAGCAUUGCAGGUGUGUUUGUACAGUCCACUAAAGAGAAAAUGAGCAUUUACCAAGCCAAAUGCAAAGGACUAUUGAAACCUGGAACCUCACUGGUUUUACUGGAGGCACAGGCAGCUACUGGAUUCAUGAUUGAUCCAGUGAAGAACAAUAAACUCUCAGUAGAGGAAGCAGUAGCUCAGGGACUAGUGGGGUCUGAAUGGAAAAACAAACUGCUCUCUGCUGAGAGGGCAGUCACUGGCUAUACCGACCCCCACACAGGAAACGUCAUUUCAUUGUUCCAGGCCUUGAAGAAAGAUCUUAUUGUCAAGGACCAUGGCAUUCGUCUCCUGGAAGCACAGAUCGCUACUGGUGGCAUUAUUGAUCCAGUGCACAGUCACCGUGUGCCAGUGGAGGUGGCCUACCAGAGAGGAUACUUUGAUGAAGAAAUGAACCAAAUCCUUGCCACCCCAGAUGACGACACCAAGGGCUUCUUUGAUCCCAACACGGAGGAAAAUCUCACAUACUUGCAGCUUGUAGAAAGGUGUGUGAAAGAUGCAGAAACAGAUCUAAGCCUGCUUGUUGUAGUAAAGAAAGGAGAAUUUUAUUUCUUUAUUGAUGAAUGUACAAAGACAAUUCUUAAAACCACAACCACGGACCAGGCAGGAGGAAAAUUCCAGGGACAGGUGGUGUCUCUUUGGGAACUCUUAUACUCUAAAUACAUCACAGAGGAAAAGAGAAGAGAUCUGGUGCAGCAGUUUAAGUCUGGCACAAUAACGAUUGAAUACUUUUUGGAGCAUGUUCUGACAAUUGUACAGCAGAAAACCUCUAGCAUUCCUGUUAUUACCCCACCCAAAAUAUCAAAGGUUCUAACCUUCAAAGGCAUCAAAAAACAAGUGUCAGCUCAGGAAUUGCUGAAAUCUAAAAUCAUUAAUGAGAAAAUGUAUGAAGAGCUCACUGCUGAAAAGGUUACGGUGGAACAAGUAAGCCAAAUUGAUUCUGUGCGCAGGUAUCUGCAAGGAACAAACAGCAUUGCAGGUGUGUUUGUACAGUCCACUAAAGAGAAAAUGAGCAUUUACCAAGCCAAAUGCAAAGGACUAUUGAAACCUGGAACCUCACUGGUUUUACUGGAGGCACAGGCAGCUACUGGAUUCAUGAUUGAUCCAGUGAAGAACAAUAAACUCUCAGUAGAGGAAGCAGUAGCUCAGGGACUAGUGGGGUCUGAAUGGAAAAACAAACUGCUCUCUGCUGAGAGGGCAGUCACUGGCUAUACCGACCCCCACACAGGAAACGUCAUUUCAUUGUUCCAGGCCUUGAAGAAAGAUCUUAUUGUCAAGGACCAUGGCAUUCGUCUCCUGGAAGCACAGAUCGCUACUGGUGGCAUUAUUGAUCCAGUGCACAGUCACCGUGUGCCAGUGGAGGUGGCCUACCAGAGAGGAUACUUUGAUGAAGAAAUGAACCAAAUCCUUGCCACCCCAGAUGACGACACCAAGGGCUUCUUUGAUCCCAACACGGAGGAAAAUCUCACAUACUUGCAGCUUGUUGAAAGGUGUGUGAAAGAUGCAGAAACAGAUCUAAGCCUGCUUGUUGUAGUAAAGAAAGGAGAAUUUUAUUUCUUUAUUGAUGAAUGUACAAAGACAAUUCUUAAAACCACAACCACGGACCAGGCAGGAGGAAAAUUCCAGGGACAGGUGGUCUCUCUUUGGGAACUCUUAUACUCUAAAUACAUCACAGAGGAAAAGAGAAGAGAUCUGGUGCAGCAGUUUAAGUCUGGCACAAUAACGAUUGAAUACUUUUUGGAGCAUGUUCUGACAAUUGUACAGCAGAAAACCUCUAGCAUUCCUGUUAUUACCCCACCCAAAAUAUCAAAGGUUCUAACCUUCAAAGGCAUCAAAAAACAAGUGUCAGCUCAGGAUUUGCUGAAAUCUAAAAUCAUUAAUGAGAAAAUUUAUGAAGAACUCACUGCUGAAAAGGUUACGGUGGAACAAGUAAGCCAAAUUGAUUCUGUGCGCAAGUAUCUGCAAGGAACUAACAGCAUUGCAGGUGUGUUUGUACAGUCCACUAAAGAGAAAAUGAGCAUUUACCAAGCCAGAUGCAAAGGACUAUUGAAACCUGGAACCUCACUGGUUUUACUGGAGGCACAGGCAGCUACUGGAUUCAUGAUUGAUCCAGUGAAGAACAAUAAGCUCUCAGUAGAGGAAGCAGUAGCUCAGGGACUAGUGGGGUCUGAAUGGAAAAACAAACUGCUCUCUGCUGAGAGGGCAGUCACUGGCUAUACCGACCCCCACACAGGAAACGUCAUUUCAUUGUUCCAGGCCUUGAAGAAAGAUCUUAUUGUCAAGGACCAUGGCAUUCGUCUCCUGGAAGCACAGAUCGCUACUGGUGGCAUUAUUGAUCCAGUGCACAGUCACCGUGUGCCAGUGGAGGUGGCCUACCAGAGAGGAUACUUUGAUGAAGAAAUGAACCAAAUCCUUGCCACCCCAGAUGACGACACCAAGGGCUUCUUUGAUCCCAACACGGAGGAAAAUCUCACAUACUUGCAGCUUGUUGAAAGGUGUGUGAAAGAUGCAGAAACAGAUCUAAGCCUGCUUGUUGUAGUAAAGAAAGGAGAAUUUUAUUUCUUUAUUGAUGAAUGUACAAAGACAAUUCUUAAAACCACAACCACGGACCAGGCAGGAGGAAAAUUCCAGGGACAGGUGGUCUCUCUUUGGGAACUCUUAUACUCUAAAUAUAUCACAGAGGAAAAGAGAAGAGAUCUGGUGCAGCAGUUUAAGUCUGGCACAAUAACGAUUGAAUACUUUUUGGAGCAGGUUCUGACAAUUGUACAGCAGAAAACCUCUAGCAUUCCUGUUAUUACCCCACCCAAAAUAUCAAAGGUUCUAACCUUCAAAGGCAUCAAAAAACAAGUGUCAGCUCAGGAAUUGCUGAAAUCUAAAAUCAUUAAUGAGAAAAUUUAUGAAGAACUCACUGCUGAAAAGGUUACGGUGGAACAAGUAAGCCAAAUUGAUUCUGUGCGCAGGUAUCUGCAAGGAACAAACAGCAUUGCAGGUGUGUUUGUACAGUCCACUAAAGAGAAAAUGAGCAUUUACCAAGCCAAAUGCAAAGGACUAUUGAAACCUGGAACCUCACUGGUUUUACUGGAGGCACAGGCAGCUACUGGAUUCAUGAUUGAUCCAGUGAAGAACAAUAAACUCUCAGUAGAGGAAGCAGUAGCUCAGGGACUAGUGGGGUCUGAAUGGAAAAACAAACUGCUCUCUGCUGAGAGGGCAGUCACUGGCUAUACCGACCCCCACACAGGAAACGUCAUUUCAUUGUUCCAGGCCUUGAAGAAAGAUCUUAUUGUCAAGGACCAUGGCAUUCGUCUCCUGGAAGCACAGAUCGCUACUGGUGGCAUUAUUGAUCCAGUGCACAGUCACCGUGUGCCAGUGGAGGUGGCCUACCAGAGAGGAUACUUUGAUGAAGAAAUGAACCAAAUCCUUGCCACCCCAGAUGACGACACCAAGGGCUUCUUUGAUCCCAACACGGAGGAAAAUCUCACAUACUUGCAGCUUGUAGAAAGGUGUGUGAAAGAUGCAGAAACAGAUCUAAGCCUGCUUGUUGUAGUAAAGAAAGGAGAAUUUUAUUUCUUUAUUGAUGAAUGUACAAAGACAAUUCUUAAAACCACAACCACGGACCAGGCAGGAGGAAAAUUCCAGGGACAGGUGGUGUCUCUUUGGGAACUCUUAUACUCUAAAUACAUCACAGAGGAAAAGAGAAGAGAUCUGGUGCAGCAGUUUAAGUCUGGCACAAUAACGAUUGAAUACUUUUUGGAGCAUGUUCUGACAAUUGUACAGCAGAAAACCUCUAGCAUUCCUGUUAUUACCCCACCCAAAAUAUCAAAGGUUCUAACCUUCAAAGGCAUCAAAAAACAAGUGUCAGCUCAGGAAUUGCUGAAAUCUAAAAUCAUUAAUGAGAAAAUGUAUGAAGAGCUCACUGCUGAAAAGGUUACGGUGGAACAAGUAAGCCAAAUUGAUUCUGUGCGCAGGUAUCUGCAAGGAACAAACAGCAUUGCAGGUGUGUUUGUACAGUCCACUAAAGAGAAAAUGAGCAUUUACCAAGCCAAAUGCAAAGGACUAUUGAAACCUGGAACCUCACUGGUUUUACUGGAGGCACAGGCAGCUACUGGAUUCAUGAUUGAUCCAGUGAAGAACAAUAAACUCUCAGUAGAGGAAGCAGUAGCUCAGGGACUAGUGGGGUCUGAAUGGAAAAACAAACUGCUCUCUGCUGAGAGGGCAGUCACUGGCUAUACCGACCCCCACACAGGAAACGUCAUUUCAUUGUUCCAGGCCUUGAAGAAAGAUCUUAUUGUCAAGGACCAUGGCAUUCGUCUCCUGGAAGCACAGAUCGCUACUGGUGGCAUUAUUGAUCCAGUGCACAGUCACCGUGUGCCAGUGGAGGUGGCCUACCAGAGAGGAUACUUUGAUGAAGAAAUGAACCAAAUCCUUGCCACCCCAGAUGACGACACCAAGGGCUUCUUUGAUCCCAACACGGAGGAAAAUCUCACAUACUUGCAGCUUGUUGAAAGGUGUGUGAAAGAUGCAGAAACAGAUCUAAGCCUGCUUGUUGUAGUAAAGAAAGGAGAAUUUUAUUUCUUUAUUGAUGAAUGUACAAAGACAAUUCUUAAAACCACAACCACGGACCAGGCAGGAGGAAAAUUCCAGGGACAGGUGGUCUCUCUUUGGGAACUCUUAUACUCUAAAUACAUCACAGAGGAAAAGAGAAGAGAUCUGGUGCAGCAGUUUAAGUCUGGCACAAUAACGAUUGAAUACUUUUUGGAGCAGGUUCUGACAAAUGUACAGCAGAAAACUUCUAGUAUUCCUGUUAUUACCCCACCCAAAAUAUCAAAGGUUCUAACCUUCAAAGGCAUCAAAAAACAAGUGUCAGCUCAGGAAUUGCUGAAAUCUAAAAUCAUUAAUGAGAAAAUUUAUGAAGAACUCACUGCUGAAAAGGUUACGGUGGAACAAGUAAGCCAAAUUGAUUCUGUGCGCAGGUAUCUGCAAGGAACAAACAGCAUUGCAGGUGUGUUUGUACAGUCCACUAAAGAGAAAAUGAGCAUUUACCAAGCCAAAUGCAAAGGACUAUUGAAACCUGGAACCUCACUGGUUUUACUGGAGGCACAGGCAGCUACUGGAUUCAUGAUUGAUCCAGUGAAGAACAAUAAACUCUCAGUAGAGGAAGCAGUAGCUCUGGGACUAGUGGGGUCUGAAUGGAAAAACAAACUGCUCUCUGCUGAGAGGGCAGUCACUGGCUAUACCGACCCCCACACAGGAAACGUCAUUUCAUUGUUCCAGGCCUUGAAGAAAGAUCUUAUUGUCAAGGACCAUGGCAUUCGUCUCCUGGAAGCACAGAUCGCUACUGGUGGCAUUAUUGAUCCAGUGCACAGUCACCGUGUGCCAGUGGAGGUGGCCUACCAGAGAGGAUACUUUGAUGAAGAAAUGAACCAAAUCCUUGCCACCCCAGAUGACGACACCAAGGGCUUCUUUGAUCCCAACACGGAGGAAAAUCUCACAUACUUGCAGCUUGUUGAAAGGUGUGUGAAAGAUGCAGAAACAGAUCUAAGCCUGCUUGUUGUAGUAAAGAAAGGAGAAUUUUAUUUCUUUAUUGAUGAAUGUACAAAGACAAUUCUUAAAACCACAACCACGGACCAGGCAGGAGGAAAAUUCCAGGGACAGGUGGUCUCUCUUUGGGAACUCUUAUACUCUAAAUACAUCACAGAGGAAAAGAGAAGAGAUCUGGUGCAGCAGUUUAAGUCUGGCACAAUAACGAUUGAAUACUUUUUGGAGCAGGUUCUGACAAUUGUACAGCAGAAAACCUCUAGCAUUCCUGUUAUUACCCCACCCAAAAUAUCAAAGGUUCUAACCUUCAAAGGCAUCAAAAAACAAGUGUCAGCUCAGGAAUUGCUGAAAUCUAAAAUCAUUAAUGAGAAAAUUUAUGAAGAACUCACUGCUGAAAAGGUUACAGUGGAACAAGUAAGCCAAAUUGAUUCUGUGCGCAGGUAUCUGCAAGGAACUAACAGCAUUGCAGGUGUGUUUGUACAGUCCACUAAAGAGAAAAUGAGCAUUUACCAAGCCAAAUGCAAAGGACUAUUGAAACCUGGAACCUCACUGGUUUUACUGGAGGCACAGGCAGCUACUGGAUUCAUGAUUGAUCCAGUGAAGAACAAUAAACUCUCAGUAGAGGAAGCAGUAGCUCAGGGACUAGUGGGGUCUGAAUGGAAAAACAAACUGCUCUCUGCUGAGAGGGCAGUCACUGGCUAUACCGACCCCCACACAGGAAACGUCAUUUCAUUGUUCCAGGCCUUGAAGAAAGAUCUUAUUGUCAAGGACCAUGGCAUUCGUCUCCUGGAAGCACAGAUCGCUACUGGUGGCAUUAUUGAUCCAGUGCACAGUCACCGUGUGCCAGUGGAGGUGGCCUACCAGAGAGGAUACUUUGAUGAAGAAAUGAACCAAAUCCUUGCCACCCCAGAUGACGACACCAAGGGCUUCUUUGAUCCCAACACGGAGGAAAAUCUCACAUACUUGCAGCUUGUUGAAAGGUGUGUGAAAGAUCAAGCCAAUGGUUUUAUGUUACUCCUUUUGAAAAAGUAGACCAUUUCCUUCGCUUACACUUUUUAAUGUCUAAGCAGGUGAUUCAUUAUAAAAACAUUUUUUUUCUUUCUUUACUGCAAUAUGUUUACCGUGCUUUUACAAAUUAAUAUGGUGAGUUUGGGAGUUACCUUUUCUUACAGAUGUUUUAAUCACGUACAUUAAAGCAAGGAAAACAUGAAACACCAAACGUUCUGGUUUAAAACCUUAAUGUAGGUGCUUAGGACAUGUUCUUACAUUUUUGAUACAAAUAUUUAACCAAUUAGGAACUUUGAACAGGUAAGAAUUAACAAUGCAAGGAAUGAGCAUGUCAAUAAAAUCAUAAAAGAUUUAAAGCUUUAUUCUUAACAGAUCAGUAGUAGAAAAAUACUUUUUACUUACUGCCUGAGUGAACUGUUUACUUUUACCCCAUUAAUAAACAAUUUUUUUGAA